AGUGGAGUGGACCGGCAAGGUGGUGUACUUCUCCGCCACCUAUCCCUACUUCAUGCUCUUCAUCCUGUUCUUCCGCGGGGUCACGCUGCCCGGGGCCAUCGACGGGAUCCUCUUCUACAUCACCCCAGACUUCAACAAGCUGGUCUCCUCUGAGGUGUGGCUGGACGCUGCCACUCAGAUCUUCUUCUCCUAUGGACUGGGCUUGGGUUCCCUCAUCGCACUGGGCAGCUACAACAACUACAACAAUGACGUGUACAAGGACUCCAUCAUCGUGUGCUGCAUCAACUCCUGCACCAGCAUGUUCGCCGGCUUCGUCAUCUUCUCCAUCGUGGGCUUCAUGUCCCACAUCACCAAGAAGCCCGUCAAGGAGCUGGCGGCCUCAGGUCCUGGACUGGCGUUCCUGGCCUACCCUCAGGCCGUCACCCAGCUGCCCAUGUCCUCCCUCUGGGCCGUGCUCUUCUUCUCCAUGCUGAUGAUGCUGGGGCUGGACAGCCAGUUCUGCACGGUGGAAGGUUUCAUCACGGCCCUCAUCGACGAGUUCCCCUUGGUGCUGAGGAGGAGGAAGAAGGUCUUCAUCCUGGCGGUCUGCCUGGUCUCCUUCCUCAUCGGCUUCUCCAACAUCACACAGGGGGGUCUCUACGUCUUCAAGCUGUUCGACUACUACUCAGCCAGCGGCAUGUGUCUGCUCUUCCUCGUCUUCUUCGAAACCGUUUCCAUAUCGUGGUUGUACGGAGCCGAGCGCUUCUACAAGGAUAUCGAGGACAUGAUCGGCUACCGGCCGUGCGGCUGGUGGAAGCUCUGCUGGAUGUUCUUCACGCCGCUCAUCUGCCUGAGUGUGUUCACCUUCAGCGCCAUUGAGAUGACCCCUCUGACCUUGGGGUCCUACGUGUACCCCAUGUGGGGUCAGGUGGUGGGCUGGUUUAUGGCGCUGUCCUCGAUGGUUCUGAUCCCAGGCUACGCCAUCUACAUGUUCUGCACCAGCAAGGGAAGCCUCAAGCAGCGUUGGAGGUUGAUGACGAUGUCCCGGGAAGACGAGAGAGCAGCAGAGCAUGAAGCCAUUCCCAACACCACGGAGGACGCUGCCGUCUAACCGCUCGGCUGUGGGGAUCAAAACCUCCCUGAACUGCCAUGAUCCAGGUUUCUUUUCCGUCCACAGUGAGGGGUCCCCAGCAGCAAUGGCCUGAAGAUCCAAGUGUGAGUGGUGCGUUUUCACUGCAGAGUGAUCCAGAGGGCAAACGCAGCACGACAGUCCAGGGUGGAACCUAAACUGCACAGCUGCCUGAGGAACCAUCUUCAUGUUAGCAUCCCGCUAGUUAGCAUUUUUGUUGCUAAAUCAAGUCAGUUUUAAUUGUAUUUAUUGUUCAGUCAAACUGUCGCUCCAAGAUGUAACCUUUCGAGCAGAGGCUUCAGAGCCGGAGGCCACCACACAGUCUUCUUUCGUAGUGAGCGCAUUACCACGCCACACACUGGGAACUGCAUCGCGAGGUUUGUUUUUAAGGAAGGGUUUUGUGAAAACAGCCGAGGAAAACAUUUGUGUUUUCACGUGGACGAGGUCGAAGGUAGUGUCGCGGCAGAGACCAACAAACACGAGACCGAGUCCACACCAGUUCCUUUGUUCCAACCAGACACCCUUCAACCAAUCAGGUGGCAGCUGAAACAAGCAGCACCUGACUGACGGCCGACUGCUAAGACCGUCCCCAGUUCACAGCAGAGAAGACACCAGGGGGCAGAAGUGACCGACCUUGACAUCACAUUGUGAAGGUGAGGAGCGUCCAUCAAAGCUCUGAGGAUCAAAGGGCUGGACCUACAGCAGCCAUAUGAGUCAAAGCUCCAACAUGGAGUCAGCACCAAACCCAACACCUUCAUUCUGUCUUGGCUGUGAAGCCGCGUCACUGCUGAGGCUUCAGACCUGGAUCCUCUCAGUCCAACCCACCAGGGACCAAAGUCAACGCAAGAAUCCGCCGCCUUUGUGACGCACCGUCACCAACAAAGCCAUUCAUUGACUGUGUUGCCAUGGAAACCUGUAUUAUGUUGCUCAACAAUAAAAUAUUAGUAAGACACAGCUUUGUUUUUCAUAUAAGAUCAGCUCCAGUCUGAAUUCAAUCGAGGUCUAAUUCAGUGUAUUUACUAGCGAAGGGCAGGUGAGGUUUCAUCAAACAGUGUCCUGGUUUUCAGAUGGCGCUGUCUGCUGUUCUAAUGUUUGAACUCGUUCAACGAGAGCUCACAUCACCUGUAAACCAAGGGCUCCAUCUAGUGGCCUCUGGCCAUGAGCACACUGUUUCACGAAGCCUCGUCGAUUUGCUCUGUGGAAACCACGCGGACUCCCAAACUCCACCUUUAAAAAGACCAAGGGAAAUGAGACGUAGACUGAAAUAUUUUUAAUAGCAAGUAAAUAUACUGCAAAGACAGGUAGAGAGGGAUCCAAAGUGAGAGUUCACACCUCUUACUGCCACCUGCUGUCUUCUUCUUUAAGUAACUGAAGCAAACAGAGUUGAAAAUUCUGCGUUUCAUUCAUAAAGCAGAGCACUUGUAUGGAAGAGCCCUUUUUUUCAGCGUCCACUGCUCUUCUCUAUCAUGUGCUGACUACCCCAAAAUGCUACAUUAGCUUAGCUAUCACAGGUGGAGGUGUAUGGUACACACACGGUGCAGGACAUGGUGGUGACGGAGAGGAAAGCUGCGCUUCCAUCCGGAGGCACAGACCCACAAACUCACCUCCAGAUGCUUUUUUUUUCUCUUCACAUUUUCCCCGAACAGAAAAGAAAUGAUAACAAUCCCAUUCAGCAACUCAGUCAUGCACUACAGCCUUCGCUACACAACCCGACUCAUGCGUGAGGAGAACCAAACAGAAUCCACGGCUGUAAGAGUGAAAUACAAAACUAUUCAGUCCAUAUUGAAAAGUCGCUGGAUUUAAAAUGCUAUUCACGGCCUAGAAAAACAGCGUCAUGGCUCUUAAUCCAGGUAACAGCUCACGGGUGGACGACGACUCGCCUGGAAUCUGGGAUGUUACUCAGAGUCAUGGCCCUCUGAGCAGAAGCUUCAGACAAAUGGUUUUUUUCUC